AUGAAGUGGGCAAUUUGUUAUAUUAACAAUCAAUUUACCGCAGGGGCGAAUAGUACACAACGAGUCGAAAGUUUUAAUAGAAAGAUUCAUGAUAGUGUUAAGGCGAAUUCAUCACUAAUGACUCUUGUUAAGAAAAUUCAAGAUCUGCUUGAUCAGGAAUCUGAAUAUACUUGUGUUAAAGAGUAUAGAAGUCAAGUACUAAUGGUUAGACUUGCGACUAUACCAAAAACCUUUUUUAACUCCUUAACUAUUAUUGUAGAUGAGUAUCUAACAGAACCCGUGUCAAUAUGCGUUUGUAAACAAAUGCAAGAAUGCUUUUUUUAUGACACUUAUAAGCUUGAUAUUAUCGAUUUGA